CUGACGGCCCCGGGUGUCUCACCACAUCCCCAGCCUGUGAGCCAUGGCCUACCACAGCUUCCUGCUGGAGCCCAUCAGCUGUCACGCCUGGAACAAGGACCGGACCCAGAUUGCCCUCUGCCCCAACAACCAUGAGGUUCACAUCUACCGCAAGGAUGGGGCCAAGUGGAGCAAAGUCCAUGAGCUGAAGGAGCACAAUGGGCAGGUGACAGGCAUCGACUGGGCCCCUGAGAGCAACCGGCUGGUGACGUGUGGGACCGACCGCAACGCCUACGUGUGGACCCUGAAGGGCAACGUCUGGAAACCCACCCUGGUCAUCCUGAGGAUCAACCGGGCCGCCCGCUGCGUCAAGUGGUCCCCCAAGGAGAACAAGUUUGCCGUGGGCAGCGGCUCCCGCCUCAUCUCCAUCUGCUACUUCGAGCAGGAGAAUGACUGGUGGGUCUGCAAGCACAUCAAGAAGCCCAUCCGCUCCACAGUGCUCAGCCUCGACUGGCACCCCAACAAUGUCCUCCUGGCUGCUGGCUCCUGUGACUUCAAGUGCCGGAUCUUCUCAGCCUACAUCAAGGAGGUGGAGGAGCGGCCCAGCCCCACGCCGUGGGGCUCCAAGAUGCCCUUUGGGGAGCUGAUGUUCGAGUCGAGCAGCAGCUGCGGGUGGGUGCACAGCAUCUGCUUCUCGGCCAGCGGCGCCCGCGUGGCCUGGGUGAGCCACGACAGCACCCUCUGCCUGGCUGAUGCCAACAAGAAGAUGGCAGUGGCCUCCCUGUGCACCGAGACCCUGCCUCUCCUGGCUGUCACCUUCAUCACUGAGAACAGCCUCGUGGCUGCUGGCCACGACUGCUACCCCAUGCUGUUCACCUACGAGGAGAGCCAGGGCACCCUGACCUUCGGGGGGAAGCUGGACGUCCCCAAGCAGAACUCCCAGCGCGGCCUCACGGCCCGCGAGCGCUUCCAGAACCUGGACAAGAAGGCGAGCUCGGACACGGCCAACGCCUCCCUGGACACCCUGCACAAGAACAGCAUCAGCCAGAUCUCAGUGCUGGCAGGUGGGAAGGCCAACUGCUCACAGUUCUGCACCACAGGCAUGGAUGGUGGCAUGAGCAUCUGGGAUGUCAAGAGCCUGGAGUCUGCGCUGAAGGAUCUGAAGAUCAAAUGA